CAAUUACAAAAUCAGUUUGUCGCUGACUUAGAUUUUAAAUUGUAUCUGAAUCGUUUUGAAGAUCAGUUUAGGGCAAAUGGAUAAGCUCGUCGAAAUUCCUUUGGAAGGGCUAAUUGUCCUGCGUGAAAUGUAUAAACGAAACUGGCCUGAACAGGAAAUCGGCUUCUACAUACUCACCAAUUUUAUAAAAUGGCUAGAAAAGAAAUUGUUCCUUGAAAACUUUCACGCCUACAGCCUGAACGGGGACUGGAGUGAUGGAACUUUUGUUAUAGUGUAUCUAACGAAAAUUUGUGGCUACACAUUAAAUAAAGAUAAAACCCGUUUAACCGCGGCUCUAUGCCUCCUGAAUUUGGACAGGACGAAUCACUACCGAUAUUUCUACACAGAGAGCAUCCAAUCUGCAGUAUGGAGUUUUAUAAAGCAGAAAGAACUUAAUACUGGCAUCGAAUGGAAAUUUAUUUGGUAUCAUCUGACACCAGAAAGGGGCUCGAAAAUUAUUGUUCCCUCAUUGCCGGAAGGAUUUACAGCUGGAACUGUCAAUGAGGACGCUUUGCUCGAAAUAAAAGAAGCUUGGCCGUUUCACUAUCCUAAGUGCAUAGAUCGGCUGAAAUGGUUAAUUCGGUACAAUGAAAACGUUGGGAUAUACACGGAAAGUGGAGAGCUAGCAGCUUGGGCAUUAAGGUAUGAAUUUGGUGGAUUAGCCAUGCUUCAUGUGAAGGACAAUUUCAGAAGGCUAGGACUUGGCACGUAUAUGGUGAACGCUAUGUCGAAAAAAAUUGCAGAUUUAGGCGAGCACACAUGCUGCACCAUCAAGGAAGGGAACGAAGUUUCAGCACGAAUUUUUGAAUCUAGCGGAUAUGAAAGGAAUGACUUCAUGUAUUAUAUUGAAAUAUUACCUUCCAGGUUAAUAUCAAAUGGCAAUUGAAAAUAUUAAAUGCGAUGGAAAUUAUUAAAAAAGAUAAUUUUCCUAGAAAUGUGAGUAAAACUCCAAAUGGUUUAAGACUAUUUA